AUGAGUGAAUCUGCAGAAGCUUUGGCUGUCGCUGUCGAAAGCCGAAGGAACGUCACCAUUGAGAUCACUAACCUCACCAACAACUACUGCCUGAUUGACCCUAAGCUUUUCCUGGAAAGUGGCAACUGCCGCAGCCCCCCCCAACCGACUGUACGUCCACAAAAGACUGAAAUGUGCAACUUCGGUAAGGGCAAAGCCAAAGCCACUGGGGCGGUGGGCGUGCUGACCUACGACCUGUUCAAGAGGGAGCUCAACAGAGCCGAUGAGACACUCGCUAUAAUGUUCUCUGUGCCAUAUGACUAUAACAUGUACAAGAACUGGUUUGCCUUGGGAAUCUACAAGAAGGGCAAAGAGUGCAAUGAGAGCCUGUUCAAAGAGAUGUAUUACAACAAAGAGCAGGUGGGAUUCGUGCGGGCGGAGGCCAAAGGCUCCGACCUCACCUUUGAGGGCGGGAGCCUGGACAUCAAGGGUACCAUGUCCCCCCUGGGCAGGGCCAUCAUGAAGGUGGAGAUCUGGGACAAGCUCUUCACUCCCCACAUGCAGCAAUCUUACUGA